UACAUUUCCAUUACAAUCGAUUGAAAUACUACGACCUGGAGUUAUACGGGGCUGUUUCUACAUCUUCCGCAACAACUUUCUUAGGCUCGGUUUGCUUGUCUGUUUUAAAAUGGUGAAUAUAAGAAGAGCAACGCCUGAAGACUUGUUUGCCAUGCAAACGUGUAACUUGUUGUGUCUUCCCGAAAAUUAUCAGUUUAAGUACUAUUUGUAUCAUUUGUUGUCUUGGCCACAGUUAUUAUUUGUCGCAGAAAACUUUGACAAGAAGAUCGUCGGAUAUGUUCUGGCAAAGAUGGAGGAAGAUGCUGUAGAGCCACACGGACAUAUUACUUCUUUGGCUGUUUUGAGACAUUAUCGGAAGCUAGGCAUCGCGCGAAAGUUGAUGGAAGCUGCUCAUCGCGAAAUGCAGGUUCUUUUUGGUGCUGUGUACUGUUCUCUUCACGUAAGAGUGACGAACGUUGCUGCUCAACACCUUUAUAUGGAGUCGUUAUCGUAUCAAAUCCAUGACGUCGAGGCGAAAUAUUAUGCUGACGGAGAGGAUGCGUACGACAUGAGAUGUAUAUUUAAAGAACGUUCUGGGAAGAGGAUUUCAAAGAAUCAUACUAUAAAUUGAGAUAGAGCAAGGUUUGACCUUUGUUUGCAAUGAAACAAAGACACUCAGCGAAAGAUCUCGUCUUUUAUUGAAGUAAAAUUUCAGAGAUCCAAUUGCGACCGUUUCGUUAGUUUUAAGGCA